GGGUACCAUUAAUACACUCACUACACGCACACUGGUCGUGUCUGGUGGGUGUGCACGUGGGUGUGCAUGUCUGUGUCGCACAAGGCAGCCCUGCCUUUCAUCUCAUCAGUGUAUGCGCGUCCCAUACAAAAUGAGUCCCACCCAUGGAUAAGACAGCAACGUCAGUCAAGCACCGACAAGCUCACGUACAAAUCUUUCUUCGCCACCCCCUGUCUGUCUGUCUGCCCUUCAAGGCCCCCAUCUGUCCCUCACAGCCACCAGGCUGUCGGGCAGCGCCACACCGGGGCACACCCCGCACGAACCAUCAAUGGUAUCAACAACAGCCACACGCGAGGCAUCAUCCACCUCAUCGACGUCAGCAAUCGCCACCAAAUGGUCGCCUGCACGCCACGCGUCAACACAAUCGCACCACACCACACUCAUGUGUGAGGGGUGGAGGGGUGAGCGUACACUGACUGUACCGAUCGCCGCGAGCAGCUCGUCGGUGUGUGGUCGAUGCAGCGAGAGGGCGUGCAGCACCGUGGCCAGGUGCGCGGGGCGGUAUUCGCCCCUACCAGACGACAGCAGAUGCCGCACCCGCACCAGCAGGCCAUCAAACACCCUGAGAUACUCAAGGACAUACCACACCACACACACACAGAAGGAUAAUGAGAGGAGCCACAUGUGUGUCUGAUGUGCGCACGUGUCGUCUUUGAAGUGUGUGUGGCUCAUGGCCUGGAUGGCCGCAGCGCAGUCGGUCAGCCUGAAGUGGUGCAUUCGCCGCCUCAUGCGGCCCGUGAAGGCCGUCACCAGCCAAUCGUCACACCAGCCCCUCUCGGCAAAGAUCCGAUACAGAUGGG